GAAGGAGCAGCUUUUAUACAAAUUGUAUCCCAUAAUAUCCACACCGAUCUUCAGGCAGUCUGACUAUCCUGUGAGCAAUCAGGGGUGGAAAUGUCCCUUAUGCUGUGUGAGAAGAUCCAGCUGAGAGAGCUGUUUACUCGGUGCUUUGUGCUUAACUGUUUGACUGGAGCUGUGUGUUGGAUAUUGAGUGUGUUUAUUGGAAGCAUUUCCCUCAGAUUUCCAGGCUGUUUUGUUGAUGGAUCAUUCCUGAAUGUGGGAAGAAGAAUUGCACUGUACAUAUCAGAAAAUUCAGAGAAAAUGGACACAGCAGCUAGAUCCUGACCAUCAUCCAAGGAACAACUACACAAAGACAUCCAGUCCCUUUACAGCAUUGCUCAACAUCGAGAAGGUUCAGCAGUGAAAUCAGUCAGGCCGGGGAGGUUUGACAUAUCAUCAGAUCUGAAACGGGUCAGUGGUGUGGAGCCUUCCAUCAGAACCAGCCUUUCUGAAGGCUCAGCUGUAGUUGAGGCUGAGAAAAACUGCAAGUGGCUCCCAAGUGUGGUGAGAGCCUGUUGCAGUGUGAGGCAUGUGAGGAGACCUCCAGAGUUCUGAACACAUUUUGCAUUUGUUGUAAAUGUAAGGACAACUUCAUGGAAGAGAAACCAUUCAAGUGUGAGGUCUGCAACCGAGCUUUUGCAAAGUCAUCAAGACUUAUGAACCACCGACGCAUUCAUACAGGGGAGAAGCCAUUCAAAUGUGAGGUGUGCAACCGAGCUUUCGCACAGUCAUCGACACUCGUAAAUCACCGACGUAUUCACACUGGGGAGAAGCCAUAUGUGUGCGAGCUGUGUGACAAAGCAUUCUCACAGCCAUCAAACCUCCGUGUACAUCAACGUAUUCACACAGGGGUGAAACCAUUUACAUGCGAUGUGUGUGACAAAUCAUUCUCAAUGUCAGCUAACCUCCGUUUACACCAACGCAUUCACACAGGGGAGAAACCAUUCACAUGCAACGUGUGUAUGAAAUCAUUCUUGAAUCCAGUACAUCUCUGCAUACACCAACGCACUCACACAGGGGAGAGACCAUUUGCAUGUGAGGUGUGUGACAAAUCUUUCUCACAGUCAUCAAGUCUCCGCGUUCACCAACGCAUUCACACAGGGGAGAAGCCAUUUGCAUGUGGUGUUUGUGACAAGUCAUUCUCACAAUUAUCAAGCCUUCAUGUACACCAACGCGUUCACACGGGGGAGAAGCCAUUCAUGUGUGAGGUGUGUGACAAAUCAUUCUCACAGACUUCGAGUCUCCGUGUUCAUCAACGCAUUCACACAGGGGAGAAGCCAUUCACGUGUGAGGUAUGCAACAAAUCGUUCUCAAGCUCAUCAAACCUCCUGCUCCACCAGAAGAUUCACACAGGGGAGAAACCCUUCACAUGCAAGGUGUGUGACAAAUCAUUCUCAGGAUCAUCAAAACUUCUGCUGCAUCAAAGGAUUCACAUUGGGGAGAAACCAUUCAGAUGUGAGGUGUGUGACAAAUCUUUCUCCCAGUCAUCGAUCCUCCGCAUCCACCAUCGCAUUCACACUGGGGAGAAACCAUUCAAGUGUAAUGUGUGUAACAAAUCAUUCUCGCAGUCAUCAGCCCUCCGGACACACCAACGCACACAUACAGGUGAGAAACCAUUCAUAUGCAAUGUAUGCAACAAGUCAUUCUCAAGGUCAUCAAGCCUCCUGCUCCAUCAGAGGACCCACCCCGGAAUAACCCUUCCAGUGUGAGGUUUACCAUAAAGAUUUUGCGACAUCUAUCUUCAAAUGAAACCAUAAGAUUUACACUAAGAAGAAACUCUUCUUGUGUGAUCUUUGUAGCAGGGCUUUUACUUGGCCAUCCCCGUCAAUCAAAAAUGAACAGAGGAGAGAAGUGCCGUCAGUGUGAGCUCUGUAGUAAAGCCUUCACACAAUUAUUGGACAACCUGAAACAUUAACAAACACAUAUGGGCCAGCCUAGCCAGGUUCUAACCAAUAUGUCAUUAGUGUAAACAUCUGCAAAAGCUCAAUACACAGGGUGUUCAGUGGGACUGGGACACAGAACAAGAAGCAGCUUUCACUCCCAUCAAACAACUAGUGAUGACAUCACCAGUGCUGAGGGAUGAUGAUGUAACAAUGGAGUCACCCUGCAGUGUGAUGUCAGUGAAACAGGACUUGGAGUAACCCCCAGGCAGUGAGGACAGCCCGCUGUGUUUGUAUCCAGAGGGUUUACACAAACUGAACAACACUGUACACAGAUUGAGAAAGAUGGUCUGCAUAAUGUCUUUAAUUGUGAGCUUUACUUUAGUAUUAGGAGAGAGAAAGUGAUGGUAAAUCUGACCACAAGCCAUUUCAAAGCAUCUUUCUCAGACUAUUUCAGUCUGUUCAAAAAGGAUAUUACUUGAUUUGUAGAGAUAUCACUUGGCAGUGAAGUACAAGGAAGGAAAGCAUUUGUACAUUGCUGACCAGCUGUCAAGAGGCGCAUUCUCUUUGAAGGAAGUAAACAGUUUGAAAUCUUUCAGAUUCGGCAAGAACCAACAACACAAGGAUGACAUGAAUCUAUCAAGGACACCCCUGUCACAUAAGACAGCAUUGGACAAAGAGAGAUGAGGUACAAGGUGGCACCUGUACAAAGGGAACAGGGUCAGUAUACUUGAAGAGAUGAGGAAAGAGAUGCUAAAGCACAUACCACAAAAAUCAUUAAUAAUUGAAUCUAGUCUGAAUAAGGCAAGAGAGGUUUCUGUUGGCCAAACAUCAGAUAGUGUAGUGCUUAUAAUGAAUAUCAAACGAAACAAGAUUAAGAGCUAUUCAUGACAUCCAGACAGCCCAUGGACAAAGCUUGGAGUAGACCUCUUUAGUUUCACUGGAACUGAUUAUCUCAUCACAAUCAACUAAUAUUCAGAUAGCAGGGAGUUAGAGCAGCUGAUGUCAUGGAUUCCCAGUGAGAUUGUAGAAUGUCUGAAAGCACACUUUGUGUUAUCCCUGACAAUGACCUCAAUUCCCAAGUGAAGAAUUCAGAUACUGCAUGGAUGAUUGGGAAAUUCAACACCACCCACCAUCUCUCAUUAUCCCUAGUCAAAUGGAAAGAGCAAGGCAUUGGUGAACAUUGACAAAGGCAUCAUUAAAAUCUACCAUUUCUAGGGCAGAUAUGUACAAUGUGAUCUUAGAGCAGAGAAACACAGCUACUGAAGGCAUGGAAAGCUGUCGAGGCUGGUGACUAUUGUAAUACUACUCCAGGCUACAUUUCCGAUAGCUAAAAUAAUAUUGAAGCCAGAAACAGUGCUACAUCUGAACUGAAUAGCCUUUACUGUCACAUAUACUCAACAAGUAUCGUGAAAGUUUGUAUGUCACCAGUUACAGCGCUAACUUAGAUACAAAAGUACCUAGGCACAACUUCUUUUGUUACAAAAUUUGUUACAGAAAUAAAAUGUCUAAGCAUUUCAGAAAAGAAAUCAAUACAGCAGACCAUGCUAGCACUUAUUUUCCAGUCCACACCAUAUUGGCUCCACGCUGCGCCAGUUACACGCCAAGAGGUUGCCAAGCCAGGAUGCCGCUGCACCAGGUCGCGAAGUCACUGUGCCAACACCAAGAAGUCCUUAUGGGAAGAGACCACUGCAUUAGACCAGCAGGUCACCACGUUAUGCUGGGAGGCUGCUGUGGGAGGACGCCAUGUCAUAUCAGAUGGCCGCUGCAAGAGUGUGCCAACCCAUGCAGGGAAACCGCUGCUGCAGUCCCGGAGUCGACACCAGAGGCCGGGAAUCAUCAUUCGCCAGGGGUUGGGGAUCAUCGCUGGAGGCUGAGAUCAUCGCUCACUGAAAGCAGGUUUUCGUUGCUCCUCGCUGGAGGCCGGGUUCAUUUUCGAAGGCCAGAAGUCGAAGAGAAGAAAAGGAGGAGAAGAAGAAGUGAAAAAAACACUGGGAGGAAUUGAAAAAAAGAGUGGGCGGAGCAGACAAGUUCUUCACUGUUACACAUGUCAUCCCUAAACACUCAAAAUCCCAAAAAGAUCACCAAGAAAAUCACUUUCUCUGGUUGACUGCUGUUCAGGACAAAACUAUCACAUCAGUUCCAUCUUGAACAGGAAAUUCUUGUGACACACUCAACUUUAACAAAGGGCAGGAGAAAGAAAAGUAUUCUGAAUUUACUAAUAUGCAUCUUAGCUAUAGUUCUUCAACAUCCCCAAUUACAUGCAUGCACACACACAAUUAAGACAGACAAAAGACAAACAUGUGGAAAAAUAUACACAGGAUAAGUACAAUUCUCAAAAUCAAAAGUCCAGAUUUAAAAGGUAUGUUUAAUUGUCUUUUAUUAAUUUUUAGCCCUAAUGACAUGCUGUUGUCUGUAAGGUGAUGGCUAUUAUUUGAUUCAAAAGUUGAUUUUGGUCUUUCCUCAUUAGAAUUAUUCCUUUUAAGCCUUAUUAUUUUUCUGUUUCUCCCCACAUGGAGAGUGAGCGUAGGAGAGAUGGAUGCUUUCUUUUGCAGGCUGUGGAUGUUUCACUUUACUGCCCUGACACUUACAGCUCUUUAACACUCUGCAUCUCAAACAAUCAAAAAACUGUCAUCAGGUACUAUUCCUUCACUCAAAGUACACUCGGUUGCAUUCGGUCGUGAACUGUCUCCAUCAUUGCUACAAAAAAAAGGGUUUUGCAUGGCUCCAAAUAAUGCCAAAAUAAUUAAUUUGAUUUUCAAGUUGCAAACCCUUGUAUUUCAGUUAUGCAAUUGUCCAAUUUCCAUUUCAAUUCAUAGUCCCCAAAAAAGAAAAUUGAAGUCUGUUACAAUAAUAAUGAGACAGUAACAAAAGCAGAGUGAAAUGGCUCAAAGUUAAAUUUCAGUUUGGCAAUGCUUUUGCAGCAUUCUCAGAGCUGAGGGUUGGCGAGCUAGAAUGCAUAUUUUUAAACAAACAAAAUUAAAUAUUUUUAACAAAUGUCAGCACAAUUGUUUACUGUGGAUAGAGAGAAUGUCACCUCAAACAUAUAUAGUGAAGUGAAAAACCAUAUCUGUUGUUGCAGAUGUAGACAUCUGUGUUCUAUUGUGAGCAGUUAUGGGUCCUGUAUCUAAGCAAGGAUAUGCUGGCAAUGGAAAGGGUCCAGACGAGUUUUACAGAAUGAUUCCGGGCAUGAAUGGCUUGUCAUAUGAGGAGGGUUAUUCAGUUUCGUAGAGGUAAAUGACUAUUUAUCAAUAUCCUUGCAAACUCAUUUCUGUUUCAUUCCUGCAUGAGGAGCUGUAAUGUGUAAUGAAUGCAGCCCCUGACAUAAUUACAAACCACUGAAAUUCCUCCCAGUAUUUCUGUUUUAAUUGUUGCAGCGUCCGUGAAGUAGCAGUGACAGAAACCCUCAAAUGGUCAAUUGUGGAACACUGAGAUUCUUGCAGAAUAAGAGAACUGGAAUUAGGACAGUUAGUGGGCGGCACGGUGACACAGUGGUUAGCACUGCUGCCUCACAGCGCCAAAGACCCGGGUUCAAUUCCUGCCUCAGACGACUGACUGUGUGGAGUUUGCACGUUCUCCCCGUGCUUGCUCUGAUUUCCUCCCACAGUCCAAAGAUGUGCGGGUCAGGUGAAUUGGCCAUGCUAAAUUGCCUGUAGUGUUAGGUAAGGGGUAAAUGGGUGGGUUGCGCUUUGGCGGGUCGAUGUGGACUUGUUGGGCCGAAGGGCCUGUUUACACACUGUAAGUAAUCUAAUCUAAAUGAGCAGCUAGGUAACAUAUCAAUCUGGGACUGCAGUGAUGAUUUUAAAUAGUAUUCCAGCCAAGUCACGGUGAGAUAUCUGAAUAAGUGGAUCCACAAAACUUCUGAAAUGUAAUAAGGUCUAGUCAAUAAGACAAAAAAAAUGUCUGAUUGAAUUACCAUUGCUUUGUUCAAUCAAGAAAAAUGGAGAGAGAAAAAAGAUCGGUGACUGCAUUUGAGAUACACGGGAAUGAAUGUAAAACAUCUGAACAAAUUCAACAGCAGAUUCAGCUUUGAAGGCAACAUUUGAUAAUGCUAUCAUUUGAUAAGAUGUAUGCAUAGUAUCUGGGUGAAGGAUCAAGCGACAGUGAGAGUUGGCAACAUCAUUUGAUGGAGAAACAUAUCUUCUCUACCUCAUGUUUUGAGCCAAGUAUGAUAUAACUUGUUAUAGUUACUGAAGUAUAAUAAAGUAUAC